AUGCUGAGCGUAGUCUCAUGUAUCGGCAGAGCGGUGGUCCUUUCGGCGGCCAUCUUGGUGACCACGUCCAUCACCAUGUCUGGAGAAUGGGGAGAAGAAGGGGUGACUUACGGCCAUCUGGGGAAGGACGUGACGCUGGAAUGUGCCGGAGGGAGCCCAGGGGCUGUGCCGGAAUGGCGGUGGAAGGGCUCCCCCGUGCUGCCAGAGGGCUCCGUGGUCCAGCACGGGCAGCUGAUCCUGCCCCAGGCCGAGCUCUCCUCCGAAGGCAUCUACAGCUGCCACGACGCCAGCGGACUCCUGCUCAACUCCGUCACUCUGCGCCUCGGCCGUAAGUCCUGGCUCCACUGCGGAACCCUGCCAGAGGGCUCCGUGGUCCAGCACGGGCAGCUGAUCCUGCCCCAGGCCGAGCUCUCCUCCGAAGGCAUCUACAGCUGCCACGACGCCAGCGGACUCCUGCUCAACUCCGUCACUCUGCGCCUCGGCCGACGGAGGGACAAAGGUCCCGGCAGCCUCUGCCUGAUCUCCGAUCCCGGCCAGCCCCAGAAGCCAGAGAAGAGAAGGGAAGGACAGAAAAAACUGCGUCCAGGCGACGAGAGGCGGAGGUCCCCGCCCAGCGACGUCGGGCUGUGCAUCCAGGACCCGGCCCACCCCCAGUCCUGCACCGUCAACAAGUCCCAGUUCUGGAGCUCCUACCGCAUGAACGUGACCGAGGCCAACCCCCUGGGCUCCAGCUUCCGCCUGCUCGACUUCACCAUGCAAGCCAUCCUCAAGCCAGAUCCCCCAGAGGGCCUGCGGGUGGAGCCAGUGCCAUCGGCCCCGCGGCGGCUGCGCGUGAGCUGGGAGUACCCCUCCUCUUGGCCGAACGAGCCUCACUUCCAACUCAAGUUCCGGCUCCAGUAUCGCCCCGUGGUACACAGCUCUUGGUCCAUGGUGGAGACAGCCAACGUCUCCGAGCUGAUCACCGAUGCCCUGAUGGGCUUGGACCACGUGGUGCGGGUCAGUGCCAAGGACUUCCUGGACGCUGGGAGCUGGAGCGAGUGGAGCAGCGGAGCCUGGGGCAGGCCGGCUCUCGGGCAGACCAUGGCACCCAGCGAAGCCGCCACUGCAGCCGUCGAGCCAGAGAGUCCAGCCGAGGAGCCCUCUCUGCCCCCCAACAAUGAGCCUGUUGCAGGCCACAGUGACCCCCUGGAGAAGGUGGCCGUUCUGGUGUCCCUCGGCGUCUUCGCCUUCUUUGUCCUGGCCGUGAUUCUCAUCUUCGCCCUUCUGAUGUGGAUCCGGAUGAAGAAGCACAGCAAAGAGGCCACGAAGAACCACGACUUACUCUCGGCCACCAUCCACAUGAAGGCCUUGCCCAAAGCCCAGAUCUUGUAGCCAGAGCCGGCCCUCCUCUGGCCGGGCAGCCCCCACCCACAAGAGGGGCGCGCCGUCACUGACCUCGCCAUCUGCAGCUGCUUUUGGACCACCCCCCUCCCCCUGAGUGAUACACACCCGUGCCGAAGGAAGGAUCCCGUUUGAAAGGAGCUCCUGGGCAGGACCUGCAGGGGAGGCCGCCGGGGGCGUCACUAUGGACUGGGGUCCCUCCCUGCUUCUCUCCCUUGGGCACCAAAGCAGACCGAACUCUGGACAAUGCUGCUUUUGGACUCUCGUCGACAGUCUCCGUCCAGCCGAGGGCAGCGAGGACUGAAGCUGAGGUCUCGGCGCCCGUCUCUGAGCCUGGCAAAAAGGCAUCGGUGCCAGUGGGCGCUGGCACAGGCAGGGGCGAAAGGACAGUCGCUGCCGCCCCCGCUGACCGAGGCCUGCGUCCAGCACCAGCCCCGUUCCCCACCCACCCUUUGCAGCUACACUGUGACUCUUGGGGCAAUGGAAAGGGUUGUCGUCCCCCUCCCCAAGGCCCCAUCCAGGGCAGCGUCAUUUCAUAAGCAGUCUUUGCCGGAGCCCAGUGCAUUGUGGGAGUCCUCCCCCUCUAGCCGGUGGGAAGGGUCAACCAAAGGGAUAAUCGGGGUGUUGUGUGUGUGUGUGUGUGUGUGUGUGGGACUCUGUGUCGUGUGCGUAUGUGUGUGAGUGCAUGCACCUGGUUGGGGUGGGCCUUUUCCAGCCUAGAAACUGACUUCCGGGUUUCCGUGUGUUCCACAGUCUUCCUUGUACAGGUCGCGGCGAAGACGUUAGCAUCCUUCGGUCGAAGCAGGUCCGGUUUCCUUGAGUUCAUCCCCAAGCGAAGUUGGGGCUGGAGGGCGGGACCCCGACCAGACUGGGAGAGCUCUGCAGAUGCGGGGAACCUGCCCAAGGACCCCCUCGGCGUCCACGUGCUCAGAUACGCCGCGUUUUGCAAAUGACAGAGGGCCGGGCCUGGGGAAGAGCUACCCCGUGGGAGGACAGGCCACGCCACGUGGCAGUCCCCUGGGAGUCGGGGCCCUGAGCCAGCCUCUGAGAGCGGCAUGCAAGGAGCCCAGGAUCAGCCAUCCCGCUGGUCUCCUGGUGAUGGUGGGAAGUGCUCUCAAGUUGCAGCUGACGUACGGGCGACCCUGGAGGGUUUUCAG